GGGAAAACUGAACGGGCCUAGCCUACGGUAUACACGUACUGUACCACGCACCAGGCAGGGCGCAAGACUACAGUGCUGGUACGCCACAGUACAGUGUGCAGGUCCGAUUGCGCCAUAUAUACUGCUAAGCCACUAUUUAUUGCACAUGUUUGCCGAGUCUAGCUAACAAGUCUUGCUAUUCACAGUGCUGACGUUUCUGCCCGGCCGCGGUCUCUCUGGAAAAAUGUUCAUGGGCGUAAUUCUUAUGCAGUAAUCAUUGAACCUGACAAGGUAUCUUUUGAAAUGGAGGACUUGGAAGAUAUUGUUUUAGAUGAAAUAGCACUUGAAGGUUUGGAUGGAGUGAGUCUAGAAAGACUAUGGAUUCUUCUCGAGCAGAGGCCAGCUCAGUUUCAUCUCAAGUGUGAUGACUACACCAAGAACUUCAUCUGGCAAGACUUGCUGUGUCAUCAUCAAACCAUCUCCUUCUACACUGUACCGGAAGAAUUCCUACAGCUCGAUGAAAGUGUGGUCGAGGAAAAGAAACCUUCCAAAAAGAAAAAGAGAUCAAAGACCAAUCAUCAGGCAAAUGAAGCAAUGAUAGAUGAUCCAGAAACAAAGGAUAGAGGAUACUGUCUGUGCUACGAACAGAGGAAAGAUGUGACCGCAGAAAUACGUAAAGGUACCAAGUCAGGCUGCCUUAGUCUUCAACAAGUCAUAAAGAAAUGGGGAAACUCCUUGGUGCUAGUAGCCAGUCAGGAAGCGCGCCUACAUGCUCUCAUUUCACAAGUCACCACUGCAGAUGUACCCCUUUUCACUAUCCAGUACUGUUGCCUAGAGCACGUGGGAAAGUGCAGGUACCUCGGUGCAUCUCAGCCCAGUAUCUCUGUCAGGUUUGAUGUUGACCUCUCCUACGUCUUCCACAUGUGCAAGAAAUUGCUGAAACAUGGAGUUGUCGUCAAAAAGACAAUUGAGAAUCUAGCUCACAUCUACUUGAUUCGGUUCCAGUCACAAUGUCAGAUAACCCGGAAAACCAAAGUUAUUGACAACAUCUUGGACUUCAUAGCCACCCAACCACACAACACGUGCCCUAGAUAUGAGCUGGUGGAACAUGUGCUGAAAUCAGAGGAAGAAGUGUCUUACAACCAGUUCAAGAAAGCCCUCCGAGCUCUUAAAACGGCCAAGUUGGCAGAAGCAGUGAGCAUUGUUGCUAAAGAGCUGCCCCAGUACUCCUGCCCAGAGGUGGCACAGUCCAUGAAGGAGCAUCUCACCAAGAUCAAGGCACAGGAGGGUGACGCCAAAAGAAAACCAGAAGAUUUCAUUAUCACUUGUAUUCGUCUUGUGGAUCAGAGCAGCAUUGCUGAUAAUAGUGUUGAAGACCAUGAUGAUGAUGAUACAGAUCUCGUUUUGAAAGGAAUAAACGCUGCCAAAGAAAUUGACUUCUCCAAGCUGCAUUUUAAUAUAGAACUGACUGAUACACAACAGGUGUAUUACUAUGUGGAGAAGAACCAGAAUGAAUUGAAUGGAGUUUCUAUAAAUGAAACGAUGCAUGCUUUGAUGAUGGACAGAUAUCGAGUGAGAGUCAUCUUCAAGAGGUUAGCCAGAAAAGAAUUGAUGAGGAGCUUCACCUUCAUGACAGGACGGGCGAGGGAGAUGAGAUUCUUCACUCAGCAUGGAUUAGACGAAGGGACAGUCCCCAAACAAGUUUUGCAGAUGUAUCAUCAAGGAGAAAAGAAGCCUCUGGUCGUGAAACAGACACCAACAAAAGUCGAUGACCCAGCAGGUAUCCUGUCCUCAGCAGAAUCCUCACCAGGAGUCUCACAAUCAACAGGCAAAUCUAAGCCAGUAUCACAAGAUGCAGUGCCAGCUGGUAAGUCUAAAAUCACUAAGGCUUGGAAAAACCUGGAGAGAAGUAGACUGAUAUUGGAGCAUGUAGCAUAUGUUCGUGUGGUGGAGAUUCCUCUUUUAUUCAAGUACAUCAAGAAGACAGAAGCAGAAAUGGGGAGCAAGACAGAAUGUUGCAGGAAGUCUUUAUUCAGGAUGGUUAUAAAUUUGGCCAAAGACAAGAAACUGAAUUACUUCGUAAAAGAAAUUCAACGCAAGGAAGGAAAUAAAAUUGAAUCAGUCAAGAUUGUGUCUCAUGCUAGUAUUGGAGAUGACGAUCCUCAAGUUCAAGCCGUGCUGGAUAAGAUAAUCGUCAAACCGCACUUUGCUCCACAGCCUGUCAAGAUGCCUCACUUGUAUCGCAAACUGAAGGGAAAGCCUGGCAAGAAAACAUUAGCAAUGUCAGAUCUACUCAAAAGCAAGAUGCAGCACACCCAUGAGAAGAGGAAGAUCAUGGAGAGAUACGGGUACACUGGCAAGAUGGAGAGGUUAGAUGCCCUUCACCGGUUCCUCUGGCACCUCAUCUAUGAGAGCAAGGAAGUAGGUGAAGUCAAGCUGGAGCCACUGGAAAAGUUAUCCUCAGAAGACCUUGAAGUAGGUCCAGUCAAGCUGGAGCCAUCGGAUACCACGUUAUCCUCAGGAGCCAAGGAGAAUUCAGAGACAUCUGCCAUGCCUCCAGGAUGCACAGAUCAUCAGUCGGGCCAGGCAGAUAUUGAUGUAGCCCCACGAAUCAAGAACAGUACUACCGCAGACAAGACAGGUCAAAGUUCAAAAGACGAGAGCACCACGGAGAGCGAAGAGAUCCCUCAGACCCACAUUGAAUGCUAUGCUAUCAAGAACAGUACUACCGCAGACAAGACAGGUCAAAGUUCAAAAGACGAGAGCACCACGGAGAGCGAAGAGAACAGUACUACCGCAGACAAGACAGGUCAAAGUUCAAAAGACGAGAGCACCACGGAGAGCGAAGAGAUCCCUCAGACCCACAUUGAAUGCUAUCUAGAUACCACCGACCCAUUGGACUGGAGACGAUACGUGCCCCCAGGGAGAGGACAUGUAGGCAGGGUCAAAGGUUGGGCAACCAUGAAUGACAUCCUCUUAGCUCUCCCAUUGUCUCUCUAUUGCAAGAUGAAUUCAGUCUUACGAGAUGAACCCGGUUUGGAUGAGGCUUUAGCGCAUCCCAGAAUGAGACACUACCCCAUCAACGUCCUCCGUCUUAAAAUGUUCCAUGGGUGUGACAUCAAGCGUACUAUCGGCAAUCUUCAUAACUGUCUAUUAGCUCUUAGUGGCAUGGGUCUCAUCUACUUUGAUCGUGAUCAGAGAAACCAGCUCAGAACUCAGGUGAACUUCUACCUGUGUAGAUCAGGGUCUUUCCUGGACACUACCAGCUCGGCCCCAGGGUCCGAUCAGACAGAGGAAAAAGAAUAUCCUCGGAGGACCUAUAACUUCACUUCUCUGGACAAUGUGGCACAGUACUGGCUAGACUUCAAGAUGACCUGCUUCAGCACACCUCUCGGUGUGAUCAAGCUGCAGUGUUGCAAGGCACCCAAGGAUCCCAAGGCACCUAAGGAAGGCAAGAUGUUGAGCAUGGUAGCAGAUAGUAUCUAUGCAGCUCCUCCUGAUCCUACCACCAUCCCUGGAGACCAUCGUGGAGCCGGCGGAUUGGACACAUCCUUCUACGCGCACCGGAGUGGGAAUUGGGACAAGAUAAAAUGUAGGAGUACAGAAGUGAAAAAAUCAACAAGGAAGAAGAAGAAGAAGAAGAAAUCUGAAAGUGAGGGUGAAGUAGGAGAGAAAGAAGCUGAAUACAGAGACGGAGUGAAGGUGGUCAAAGUAGAAGCCUCGGAACAUAAGAAGGCAACAGCUGGGGGCAAAGGUCAGAAGCGAAAGCCCCUGAAGGUCAAGUCCAAACCUGAGAAAUCAAAGGUAGGAGAGGAACGUUCAUCAGUUCCUGGACAAACCGAUCAAGGCCCGGUAGAAGGCGCCGCCGGAGACAAAAGCAUGGUAGAGAUAGCGAGCCAGAAGGGCAAGAAGCUGAAGAAGGCCAGGCCCCAGUCCAAGCCCAAGCCCAAGUCCAGGUCUCAUCUGGUUCGCAAUCUGCACAUCUACGAUGAUGAGGAUCUGAUAGCAGCGAAGAGGAAGAUUCUCAGGAGGGUCAAAUGGAGUGCAAGAGAAGACAAUUUGAUACUAUUAUGUGGCUUGUCUCUACGGAUCCUGAGAGUCAAGUGUGCCAAGAGUGAUACAGUGAAGCGCUUUGUGACGUGGGCUGUAGUCCGUGAUGUUCUUCAGGAAAAUCUGGAAGAAUCCUACGAUAAGACAGCUGCAUCAGCUGCUCGUCGGUUUAGACUGCUUCUCAAGGACUACACCAACAUGUCCAACUUCUCUGUGUGCUUGACUGACGUACGAGCAGACAAGGAUAUCAUGACAGAGUUCAUGUCAAGGAAGAGAGACUAUGAUUUGGAGGCUACACGGCAGCAAGAAUUCAGAGAAUUAGUUAUGAGACUGGCCAAGAAGUUUGAGUCUCAGGACAAGAGUGCAAUCUUAGCAAUACCUUCAACUCUGGAGGAGCUCUAUGAGAUGUAUGACCUGAUGAACAGCAGUCUUCCUGUUGCCACGACGAUGGAAGAGUUUGAAUCCAGGGAUGUCAAGUCAGAAGAAGAAAUCACUUUCAGUAUCCUCUUCAAAAUUGUGCUGAUAUCCAUGUUAUCACAUCACUUCAAACAGCAUGACAUGAGAGAGAUCUACUUUGUUUUGAGACAGUAUGACCCACUCAUGCUCCAGAGGGCAGUAGACUCCUUCAAGAGCCAUGGCUUCAUGGGAAGAAAUCGUAAUGGUGUGAUGGAUUCUAUCAACACCAAACGAGCCAUGCAUGUGGUACCCAUGUCCUUCCAGUUCACCAAGACCUUCUUCAAUCUCUUCAAUGCACCCACCAUUCCAAGCGAGAUCCUGGGUGAAACCAGCACCAUUCUAGGUGAUAUCCUGACAGCAUGUAGACAAGAGUCUGAUCAGACAUCCACAGAAGAAGGUGAAGCAGCCGCAGUGUGCAUAGAUGAUAUGAAGGGCAACAAAUCUAGUAUACUCUGUAUUCCUGCUCUAGAGCUGGCUUCUGAUUCUGUGGACAUUCCAAAGGACAUCAUAUCAUUAGAACUGAGCGAUAGAGAGAGAAAACGUCUACAGAAGAAGCAUGAAGUAGAAAUGAUGAGGGAGUUGGAAGAUUGUGACUUGGAUGAUGAAGAUGACGAUGACAGUCUCUCUGAGAAACCAAGAGAAGGGAAGAGGAAGGCAUCGGAGAUCAGUGAGGAUUUAGCUCCUAGGAAGAUGCUGAGGCAGUUGGUGGGGGACGUUGGACGUAAGAAGGUAGCAUUUGUCAGGACAGCCCACAAGGAGUGGUGUCAGACCCAGACAGACAAGCAGGUGGUUUCAGAACCUGAGAAAACCACCAAGGGUACGAUGAGGUCACUCAUUCCUCGAUUAUUGGUCAACGCGGAUAAGGAGAAUGUAGAUAUGGACUCCAGUAGUUCAAAAGCUACUGAACCAUCACAGGAACCUGUUAUAUAUGAUUCAGCAGUGACUGCUAGACGCAGUCUUGCCUUGGACCAUGAUUACUUCAUCCAUGAAGAGGACAAAGCUCCAGAGACAUCUCAAGAUGGAAAUCAGUCUGAAGUGUCAUCUCGGCUGACUUCAGGAGAAGCAGAUGCACCUCCAGAGAACACCACCCAGGUUGACUAUGCAGCUUCUCCAUGUAAAGCUCCAUCCGAUGGAGCAUCGACGGCUAAGUCCGCUAAGACCUCGGACUCCUUCUUCACUUGGUUGACCAUGAGAGGGUUCCUGACCCAGGAGUAUUCCAAGAAGCCUCAGAACAUCCACGAGGACAUCACUGUCCGUCGAUGCAGCAUUCACUUGAAACCCACUGCAUGUCUCUUCAACAUCCUGGACAAGUUUUAUGUGCCUUCCAAGCAGGAACCUCACGAGCAAGAUCCAAUGCAAGACAUGGAGAUUCCUGAGGACAAUGCCAGUCGAAGUACUCAAAGUUCACAGCCUAGCAAUUCUGCAAGUGAAGGACAAGGCAUAGACGCUGAAGUGACUGGCGAUACUCAACACACCCCAACCCCAUCAAGGAAUGGCACCAGUGCUGGAAAACUCAUUCCACAUGAAAAGACCAUGAACCUUCCAUGGCACUCAGAAAGCAAAAGUAAAACUGUGAGAACUAUCGCACCAGGACAUGUGCAAAGCAUAGGUGAGUUGCUCUGUCAGCCUUGUGGACCAGUCCAGGCCUUUCGAAGUCCUACACCUAACAGUGAACUCGGACCAAGCUUGGAAUACACUGUCAAAGAACCCUGCCGGAGUCUGGAAGACAUUUGCAAAGGGCAUAAACAGAGUGAGCUCUUCUGGACCAUCUUCCAGCAUGUCAAAGCAGCAGGGGCAUUAGGCCUCACCUACCCACAGCUUUUCGACUCACUUGGACAACAUAGAGAGCGUACAAGAACCAGAGUAUUCAACUGUUUGAGGAUCUUACUCCAAGAACAAUUCCUCCUAGAAGUUGGUACCACUGUCUUGAGACUCGUGGCUCAGGAGAGUGCCUCCAAAUGGUUACUGAAAUCUGUGAAGUCAAUAGCAUUGCCUACCACCACCCCUCCAGAGAGCAGUGGUUUGGUCAAUCCAGCAAAGAAGACAAAGGUAUCGGAACAAUCCAUUCCACAGGAAGGAGUAACAAAUGGUGAUCAUACUGUGAGGGAUGAACACCAGACACCAGAGGGGGGAAGGUUACCAGAUAUGCAUGACGGAACUCUCCCCAUAAAGCAAGUGGACUCGUCGAAGGCAGACACAAAUAAGAGACUGCAGGAGGCUUCUAUUACCAGUGGAGGGGAGAGAUCAGAGAUCGAGAGGGACAAGCAGGCAUCGAUAGAGGAUCGAUUGGCAGAGGCUGUAGCUACAGAUGAAGAUACAUCAAGUUCGGCAUCAGGGCUCAAGGGAAAGAAGCGAAAGAAAGGUGACAAGAAGGAAAGGAUACAGCCUGAGGUGAGGCAUGAACCAGUGACCAUUCUGAGCCAUCCCUGGACAAACAUUGAUGGAUCAGUGAGCACAAAGUCUCUCACCAUGUUUGUAAGCAGUCUAGGUUUACUGAUCAUCUCAAAGCCAGGAAUGAAAGAGAGCGAUAUCUUCCAUCAUUUCCAGGAUGUCAUGGCUCCUGUGGAAUGCUUGCAUCUUAUCAAGAUCCUCGUGAAUGCAGAAAUCAUCACUAGACAUUCAACCUAUACUAGCGUGAAGCUGAAUCUGUUUGAUCCUCCCUCAAACACCAAACCCAGGGCUACGUUCUUCUACCAACCGACCGUAUGGGCACUGAUGAAUUUAGCUCUACUGAGGGACAACCUAGCCAAGUCCAAGGGAGUAGAAAGCUGACGUAUUUGAUUCUAUUGUGGUCUGCCCGUGAACACCAAACCCACAUCAGGGGUUUGCUGCAGACAAUCAGUAGGAGCACUGAUGAACUUCGCUCUUCUAAAGGACAACCUGGCCAAGGUCAAGAGAGUGGAAAGAUGACUCAUAUGAGUCUUGAACACCAAACCCACUCCAGGGGUUUGCUGUUGACAAUCGGCAGUGGCACUGAUGAACUUUACAACUCUUCUGAAGGACAACGUAGCUUAUAGUACGGAAGCAGGAAGAUGAGUUAGAUCAAUUGUUUUGGCCAUCCUUGCAACAUCGUCCCAAGGCUAUGGUCUCCUAUCAACCAAAAUUCAGAGACCCUGAUGAACUUAGCUCUACUUUAGGACAACCUACUCCUGUCUAAGAGGUAGUAGAAAGCUGAUCUUGCUAAAUCUCUUUGGUCCUUGACCAAACCUAGGCAAGGAAGUGGACCUGUCUGAAGGAAAACCUAUUCUUCUUCUAGCUUUGGUAGCAGGAAUCUGAAUUCAUUUGGCCCAGCCUCAAACAUUGACCAAUAGCAGGAGUCUAUCAUAGACCAAUGGUAGGGCCAAUGUUGCAUGAAUCUAUACAUUGUAGCCGUCCCUCUAAAAUAUAAUCAAGCGUAUGGUCCUCUACUAACUAAUCUAGACUGGUUUACUGGUGAACUUAGCUCAAUUAAUACCUAUUAUCUUAGUAAUAACAGAAACCUGAAUAUGUUUUGCCCACCCCUUCCCCUCCCACACCAAAACUCAAUUCCAAUAGGGUCACUACUGAAUCUAAUCUGUAAUUCCACCAAAGAAACUCUUUUUGACUUCAAAUAUGUCUCAAAUUCUAGUGCCGCUGUUAAAGAUUGCAAUGAUCAAAUGAUUUAAUGAAUGUUCUAACUUAAAUGAAUUUCAUGUAUAAGCAUUUGAUAAUAUUGGUAACUAUGAUUGUAAAAACAUAUUAUAUCAAUUGAAAGUUCAAAUUAGGCUAGAAUUGUGAUGAUUUUUUUUUAAUUUUAAAUUAUUUUUUUAAAGCAAAAUAUCUUCAAACUGAUAGUAAAAAGGCAUCAUCGUUAGAGCUUCAAGUAUCAGUUCUUCAAUGCUUUUUGCAUUACUUCAAAGUGGCAAUAAUUUUAUUUUAUUUGUAUGUAUUAAUCAUUUUAAAAUCAUAUAGAAAUUUGAUAAUACAAUUAGUUGCUAGUCUUUGCAAAUACCAUGUUUUAACAGUAAUCUUGUUUUCUCUCUGUCCUUUUUUUGGCAAAUGUUUUGAAUUGAUUAAAUUGUAUGAAGGAAGGAAGCAAUAUAUGAAGAUGAGAAUAAAAACUGUCAGGAUUUAGAUCAUGAAAUGAUUUAACAGGCCCCUAGCAGAUAUUUAAGGUCCAGGACGCUUGUCAAAAAAUAAUUCAUCAAAAAGGCAUUCAUGCAGACUUUCAUGUCCUGUGAAUGGAUAACCUAUCAAGGAUUUUCUUCUUCACCAUACCACAAAUUUUGUUUUUGUCAGAACAUGAUUCAGUAUAUGAUGUCCUUUACAUGUACCAGGACAUGCAUGUAUACUAUUAUUAUUCAUACCCACUGAAUGAAAGUAAAACCACAACCUCUCAUUAUGUUAAGUAAAGUAUCAAGUUAUUGUUACAAUACAUUCUCAAAUGUUCUUUACAUGCAUCCCAAUCCGACUUCACUGUGCAGUGCAGUAUUGCUCUGAAAAAAUACCCAGUUAUUUUGUGGGAAUCAAAAGCAGGAUUUAACUGUUCUUGUAUGUUUGGAUGCCAAUGGUAUUUGUGUUUUAUGGUACCUCGCAUUGUUUUUGCUGUAAAUGGCUGAACAGAUGGUUAAUGCCAGUCAUGUGGAAUUUGGUCAUUAUAUAUAAUUUAUAUGGAGUGUGACAUCUAGGGCCAGUCUUAUAAAGAAUUGAUAUCAAUCACAACUGUACAUGAGAGAUAGGGGACUGCAAACUCACGAUUGAUUGGAGGGCUUGCGAUUGAUUUAUUAAAUGAAAUUGGUUUUGAAUGGCAAAUACCAAGACCAGAUAGCAUUAGCCAUUCCAAUGCCUUCAAAAAUCUAUCAAAAACAGUAUUUCUUUAAGUUCAUCAUGUUUUAAGUAUACUGGUUACUAGACGGGUGAAAUGAUAAAGUGAUAGAGUGGAUCGUGUUUGAUUAUGUAGCUGGAUUCAAUUUCUAGAAUAAGACUGUUACUCGGUCAAUUUUGAUUAUGUACAAAAUGAGCGUUCACAAUGAGCAGUAUGUUACAUACAUGUUUGAUCUUUGUAUUUAUUAUUCAUAAAAGAAUUUUACUAAUUUAAAAA